AUGCCACGGAGCAAGUCUGCGCCUGCGCAUGGCUACUGGACCCGCACACUAGCGCUCAGGCGGACAGCUUCCGGGGCCCACGCGGACAGCUUCCGGGGCCGCGCGCCUGGAGCCCCGCUCUGCAACCAGACGCCCCCGCGGCGAGGAGCCCGCUCGGCCAGCGGUGAGGGGCCCGCUCCCCGCAGCCAGAGCGGAGCCCCGUCUCUCCUAAGGACGGAGCGCGCCACCGCGCAGCACGGGAGGCCCGGUGCAGCCAACGAGUACAUGAUAAAUAACAUACUAAAAAGAAAAAGCAAAGCAAACGGAGCCAGCUCUCUAAAUCCCACCAAAUCAGAUCGAGGAUUUUAA